CCACUAACAAGGUGUCCACGAAGCGCCCACUCCCUUCGUAGUCAAACACUCACUGGCCGUCGAGUAGAAGAGCAAAGGGAGAGGAAAGAUCGGAAUCGCAGCAAUGGAGGGCGACGAAGGCGAGCAGUACCUUUUCAAGAUCGUCAUCAUAGGCGACUCCGCUGUGGGGAAGUCCAAUCUCCUCUCCCGCUACGCCCGCAACGAGUUCAAUCUCCACUCCAAGGCCACCAUCGGCGUGGAGUUCCAGACCCAGAGCAUGGAGAUCGACGGAAAGGAAGUUAAAGCCCAGAUCUGGGACACCGCUGGCCAGGAACGGUUCCGCGCGGUCACCUCCGCCUACUACCGCGGCGCCGUCGGGGCGCUCGUCGUCUACGACAUCUCACGCCGCACCACCUUCGACAGUAUCCCUCGAUGGCUGCAGGAGCUCAACACACAUUGUGACACCACUGUGGCAAAGAUUCUUGUCGGCAAUAAAUGUGAUUUGGAGAACAUACGAAAUAUAUCGGUUGAAGAAGGAAAAAGCCUUGCCGAAGCGGAAGGGUUGUUUUUUAUUGAAACUUCAGCUCUGGAUUCCACAAACGUGAAGAAGGCCUUCGAGAUUGUCAUCAAAGAGAUAUACAAUAAUGUGAGCAGGAAGGUCCUAAACUCUGAUUCUUACAAAGCUGAAUUGUCCGUCAACAGGGUAACCCUUACAAGCAAUGGGACUGAUGAGACAAAGCAAACUUCGAGUAAGCUAUCCUGCUGUUAAAAUGGUCCUUUUAGUUCCAACGAUAUGAAAGAGUUUCAGGAGUGUUUUAUACUUCCCUAUAUCUGUAUUGGAGAAUCAUUUUUGUUUAAGUUGUUGAGAAUUUUUUGAGAUCAAGAACUGAAAUUCAUGUACUUGUUAAUGAACCGGUAUAGUUUCCAAUGUUAACUGCGGCUGCUAUAUCACAAGUCUAUCUUAAUGAAUGGUUUUUGCUAGAAGUUUAAA